AUGCCCGGCAACAGCAUCCCCCCAUACAUCCAACAACUCACCGAAGACAUGACCACACUCACAAUGACGAUAGCAGUGUCACCUGAAGGGACACAGCUCCGUGAGAACCUUGUUACGCGUGUCCAGGGUAUCAUGGAUGCAGAGUGGCCCAAGGAAGUCAGGAUCGAGGCCUUCGGGUCAUUCGCAUCAGGACUCGGCACUGAUUCCAGUGAUCUGGAUCUCGUCAUUCUCCCUGCAUUGCGCGACCAGGACCAGGACCCAGGAACCCCCGCCCGGUACCAGGACCUCUUUGUCCUCAAGACUCUAUUCCAGCGCUACAGCAUGAAGGACGUUGAGGUUAUCCAGAAUGCCCGGGUGCCCAUCCUCAAGUUCACCGACCACAAGACAGGUAUCAAAGUCGACCUCAACUAUGGCCACUACCCCAGCCUCUACAACACCCGUCUCAUCGAGUCAUAUGUCAGGAUCGACGAUCGCGUUCGGACGUUCCUCUACGUUCUCAAGGCCUUUGUCAAGGCGCGCGGAAUCAACUCGCCACCCCUGGGCUCCCUUAGCAGCUACUGCUACACCCUUAUGGCGAUCUCGUAUUUCCAGUCAUUUCUGAUCCCAGUCCUGCCCUGCCUGCAGGAUCCACACCUCAUCCCUCACAACGUGCCCAACCCAGGAGUAUUUGGAUCGACUCGUCUCGUCAAUGUUGCCUUCACGGACCCAUCCAGGAUCCGACCCUGUCUCCCUCGCAACAGCAUGACGCUCGGGGAGCUGUUCAUUGGAUUCCUGGAAUACUACGGGAGCAAGUUUGAGUACAACAAGUCGUGCGUGAGUGUCCGGUGCGGCAGCGUCAUCUCGAGGGACGAAUGCCCAACUUCCUGGGCGCGACACGAGUUUGUGGUCGAAGAUCCGUUUCUCCUCGACCUAAACGCUGCAGGAGCCAGGAAGGACAUGAUGAAUAUUAUCCGACAUGAAUUCCAGGCAGCAACGCAGGCACUGAAGGAUGAUCGUGGACUGAGUGCCAUCCUCACUACGCGGCAACCCUACCGCGUCCGAGAAUAG